GGCUCGGGACUCAGUGAGGGGCAGCCCGCCGGAGACACACGCCGGGAGUCCGCCUCGCUUCCAGCGGCUCACACGGGACUUAACGGCCGCUUCUUGGUGGACGUUUCACGGGCAGGACGGAGAGGGGGUCCAGCUUCUCCCGGUACCCGGUCUGUUGGGAGUUUAACCCGCGCUAAGCUAACCCGGGACAGCGGAACCAUGAGGGAGAGCCAGCCGGGCUGCCGGACCUCCGCCGGCGGCUGCCGCCUCGGCUAACGGCUAGCUGGAAGCAGCUGGACGGUCAGAGACCGGAAACCGGACCGGGACGGACCACACACCGACUUUUACCGGGUCCCGAACCCUUACUCUCACACCCACCGGGUCCAGGUCCACUUCUGGAGGGUUUGUUUUACAGAGAACAAGUUUUUGUUACCGGUCUGGAUAUGGAGACGGACUCGCUGGCAGGCGACGUGGACUCUCUGCACGGAGGACUCCUGGAUCCGCUGGUGGACCGGAUCCUGGUGGACACCGUGUCCCAGCAGCAGGGCUGGCUCCGAGUUUACGAUGUUAAAGGUCCUCCGGCUCACCGGUUCUCCUGCGGUCAGAGUCCGUACACCGACAGCGGAGCCUGGGAGAGGAAGUUCUGCAUCCUGACAGACAGCCAGCUCAUCCUGCUCAACAAGGACGAGGAGGCUGCAGGUGAGGCUCAGGAGAGCCCCACGAACUCGUCCAAGGGCCGGAGUCUCCGCAGGACUGUCAGCGUCCCCUCAGAGGGACAGUUCCCAGACUACCCAGCAGAGGGCGCCGCCAUGUUAGAAGUGUCUUCGGAGCGAUCUCCAAGGAGGAGGAGCAUCUCCGGGCUCGGGAGUUCAGAGAAGAGCGUCGCCGUCGACAAUCCAAACUCGUCGCCUUUUAAAGUUCCGACUCAUAACCUGAUGGGAGCUCGUGGAGCCGUAGCCCUACCUGAGUGCCUGCUGCAGAACUCGGUGCUGGAUGAACAGUUACUCAUCAGAGGUUUGGUCAGCUCGUUAAAAUGUCUGGAGGAAAACUGGCUUGUAGUCGGCUUUCCAACAUGGCUGCCCACAUGCUCACCGUCUCCUCCUCCGGUGCAGGACUUCCUGACAGACCUGGUGAUGUCGGAGGUGGAUCGCUGUGCCGACCACGACGUCCUGAUCUUCAGGGAGAACACCCUCGCCACCAAAGCCAUCGAGGAAUAUCUGAAGCUGGUGGGACAGAAAUACCUGCACGACGCACUCGGUGAGUUCAUCAAAGCCCUGUACGAGUCGGACGAGAACUGCGAGGUGGAUCCCAGCCGCUGCUCCGGCGGCGAUCUGGCCGAGCACCAGAGCAACCUGAAGAUGUGCUGCGAGCUGGCUUUCUGCAAGAUCAUCAACUCCUACUGCGUGUUUCCUCGGGAGCUGAAGGAAGUGUUCGCGGCGUGGAAGCAGCAGUGCGUCGCCCGCGGCCACCAGCAGGACAUCAGCAAGCGCCUGAUCAGCGCCUCGCUCUUCCUGCGCUUCCUCUGCCCCGCCAUCAUGUCGCCGUCGCUCUUCAACCUGAUGCAGGAAUACCCGGACGACCGCACGUCCCGGACGCUCACGCUCAUCGCCAAGGUCAUCCAGAACCUCGCCAACUUCACCAAGUUUGGGAACAAAGAGGAGUACAUGGCCUUCAUGAACGACUUCCUGGAGCACGAGUGGGCGGGGAUGAUGCGUUUCCUGUCGGAGAUCUCCAACCAGGAGACUCUGUCCAACACGCCGGGCUUCGAGGGCUACAUCGACCUCGGCCGCGAGCUGUCCGUCCUGCACGCCCUGCUGUGGGAGGUGGUCUCUCAGCUCGACAAGGGUGAAAAUUCCUUCCUGCAGGCCACCGUAGCCAAGCUGGGGCCGCUGCCGAGGAUUCUGGGAGACAUCUCUCGCUGCCUGGCCGCUCCCACGCCCGUCCAGCAGCAGCUGCGCCGUUUCCAGGACCACAACUCCGCCCACAACAUCAGCGGCAGCCUGUCGUCAGGGUUACAGCGGAUCUUCGAGGACCCCGCCGACAGCCACAGCGAGGUCCGUAGCCUGCAGUCUCCCGUGGGCGAGCUGAUGGAGGGUUACGUUCGCGGUCAGCGCCCCCUGCUGGCUCAGCAGCAUCCCUCCGCCCACACCAGCUUCUCAGACCAGGAGGAGCGCGACGCCCUGCUGCCCAACGGCCGCAGCAUCUCUAUGGUGGACCUGCAGGACGCCCAGAGCCUGCACGGCCUCCCCGCGGGGCCGCCGCCGCACCACGAGGCCCCGCCCCGCCUCAGCAGGGCGGGCUCCCAGGCCUCCAUCGGACACGCCCCGCCCCCGCUCAACUACCCCCACUCCAACCCUCUCACCCCGCAGCCGGCGCCGCACCAGCUCAAAGCCCCGCCCAGAGACGGUCAGCCGCAGAGCGCGCCGCAGGUGAGGCGGCCGCUGAACCCGUCGCUCAGCCAGCAGCGCAGCCUGCAGCCGCUGUGCUUCCAGAACCCCGUCUACCACCUGAGUAACCCCGCCCACAGCCUGUCCACGCGCUCCGCCCACUCGCUGCGGCAGGACUCCAGCUCCGAGAACCUGAGCACCGAGAGCUCGCACAACAGCCACAGCAACUCCGACGACUUCGGCAGCCAGGUGGGGGUCAAAGGUCGCGUGGCGUCCAACAGCAGUCUGGACGAGUUGGGCAGCAGGCGGAGCACGCAGAGCGAGGAGUGCUCGACGCCGCGCCGCCACGUGCUGCCCGACCUCCCGCCGGGCACCGCCACAGCGGUCGCCAUCCCCCGUCAGAGCACGACGGCGGGCACAGCCCACAUCAUCAAGGUGGAGCAGCAGAGCAGGGGAGGGGGCGGAGCCAGGACUCCACGCUCUCUCCCUCACAGCGCCUCGCUACGCAGCAGCAGCAGCGCCAACACGGAGCCCACGCCCCCCACCACCGGCCUCGCCAACCGCAGUCCAGUCCAACAGCCCGCCUGCUCUGUGGAGAACGUGGCUCCGCCCCCGAGGAGCGCCACCAAGCAGCCGCCGCAGGUGGUGUCUCCGGUGGAGGCGGUGGCGGUGGCGUUGUCCCCGGUGGAGAGGACGGCGGCCUGGGUGCUCAACAACGGCCAGUACGAGGAGAAGGAUGAGGAGGAGGGAGCAGAGAGGAGCAGGGAGGAGAGCAGGAACACUGAAAAGUACGAGCUGGAGAUCACGCGGCUGAAGGAGCGGCUGCGGGUGUCCGGGCGCCGUCUGGAGGAGUACGAGCGGCGGCUGCUGGCUCAGGAGCAGCAGAUGCAGAAGCUGCUGCUGGAGUACAAACACCGCCUGGAGGACAGCGAGGAGAGACUGAGGAGGCAGCAGGAGGAGAAGGACAGCCAGAUGAAGAGCAUCAUCUGCAGGCUGAUGGCAGUGGAGGAGGAGUUGAAGCGGGACCACGCAGAGAUGCAGGCGGUGAUCGAAGCCAAGCAGAAGAUCAUCGAUGCUCAGGAGAAGCGGAUCGACUCUCUGGACGCGGCAAACUCGCGGCUGAUGGCGGCGCUGACGCAGGUGAAGGAGCGCUACAGCACGCCAAACCUCCGCAACGGCCUGUCACCCACCAACCCCACCAAACUGUCCAUCACUGAGAACGGGGAGUUCAAGAACAGCAGCUGCUGAUUGGCCGACCGGGACAUGAGAGGCGGGGCUUAAACCCUCUGACCCCGCCCCCUCCUUCACCUGAAGGAUGUUAAAUCUAUAAAUACGAGUGUAAAUACUGACGGUUUGGUCUGUUGGGUGUACAGAGUGUGUGUGUGUGUCACAGAAGCACAGUGAGGAAGAAACAAACCAAAAACAGAAACUGAACUCGACUUUUCUAAACUACUUUUUUUACCGUUUUUAUUUGAAUCUUCUGGUUUUUGUUGUCGAGGCCGAAGUUCGUUUGUUUUAUGAUUAAACUUUUUUUUAUUAGCGUGGAGCCGUUUGUUUUUGUUGUUGAUUUUUUUACCUGCCGAGUUGUUCUGGGGUUUUAAUUUAUUGCUCCACGUCGCCCCCUUGUUGUUGUUGUUGUUGUUGUUGCUGAUCUACUGAACAGACUCCUGCAGGGUCAAAGGUCACGCACCUGUCUGCUGUCCACAUGUUGAGAAUAAAAGCUGCCUGAAAGCCA